AUGGCUUCAGUACCGACUGCCAAGGACGAGAAGGAGAAGAAAAAUGAGGCUCUGGCCACAGCAAUUCUGAAGGAUAAAGUGAAACCGAAUCGGCUUAUUGUUGAUCAAAGUGACAAGGAUGACAACUCUAUCAUUGCUCUCAGCCAAGCGAAGAUGGACGAGCUCGCACUGUUCCGAGGAGACACCGUUGUGCUCAAGGGAAAAAAGCGAAAGGAGACUGUUGCCAUCGUCCUUGCUGAUGAUAACUGUUCUAACGACAAAAUCAGAAUGAAUCGUGUGGUUCGUCAUAAUCUACGCGUACGUCUUGGAGAUGUCGUGAGCGUAACAGCAGCUCCAAACAUUGGGUAUGGCCGACGAGUGCAUGUCCUUCCGAUCGAUGACACUGUUGAAGGACUUACAGGAAACCUCUUCGAAGUCUUCCUCAAGCCGUAUUUUACUCUGUCGAGUCUUCACUUGAAGCGGUAUUUUGUUGAGCCGUACAUGGCCUUUCAUGAAAGGCUUCAGCAUUUCCAGCUGCUAAUGCGCACUGUUGAGUUCAAGGUUGUGGAAACUGAUCCAUCUCCAUCAUGCAUUGUCGCUCCUGAUACUGUUAUCCACUACCGUUUAAGGGAAGAAGUUCGCAAGCAACUCGCACAGAUCAAAGAAAUGGUUGAACUUCCGCUUCGUCAUCCUCAGCUAUUCAAAGCAAUUGGAAUCAAGCCGCCUCGUGGAAUUCUACUCUUUGGUCCCCCGGGAACGGGUAAAACCCUCAUAGCUAGAGCAGUUGCCAACGAGACUGGAGCGUUCUUCUUCCUGCUCAUGCGUGAGCGCGUCGCAAUUGUUUCACAAUUACUCACUCUCAUGGAUGGCCUAAAGCAGAGAUCUCACGUUUGUGUAGCGCUCAGAUUCGCAAAACGAGUGCACGGAUACGUUGGUGCUGAUCUUGCAUCGCUGUGCUCCGAGGCUGCAUUGCAACAGAUUCGAGAGAAAAUGGAUCUCAUUGAUCUUGAAGACGAUACUAUCGACGCCGAAGUGCUCAAUUCGCUGGCAGUAUCGAUGGAAAACUUCAGGUUUGCAAUGGGCAAAUCUUCGCCGUCAGCACUGCGUGAGACAGUUGUAGAGACUCCAAACAUCACCUGGGACGACAUCGGAGGUAUGUUGUCUUCAAAUGUCAAGCGUGAACUCCAAGAGCUGGUGCAAUACCCAGUCGAGCACCCUGAAAAGUAUCUGAAGUUCGGAAUGCAGCCUUCACGUGGUGUGCUUUUCUACGGACCACCCGGUUGUGGAAAGACUUUACUGGCCAAGGCCAUUGCCCAUGAAUGCCAGGCCAACUUCAUAUCUAUCAAGAAUCAGAGGCUAAUGUCCGCGAGCGUUGUUUUGAAUAAACUCGACUGCCGACCUCAUGCGUGCUAUUCGCGACGAGUUGAUUCCAUUGCGAAAGCUCGUGGAGGAACUGCUGGCGAUGCUGGUGGAGCUGCCGAUCGCGUUAUUAAUCAGAUCCUCACAGAAAUGGAUGGAAUGAAUUCGAAGAAGAACGUCUUCAUUAUUGGAGCGACAAACAGGCCGGAUAUCAUUGACUCGGCCAUUCUUCGUCCUGGACGUCUCGACCAGUUGAUCUAUAUCCCACUUCCAGAUGAGGCUUCUCGGCUUCAAAUUUUCAAGGCUAAUCUUCGUAAAACUCCUGUGGCCAAAGACGUUGACAUGACUUUCUUGUCAAAGAGUACCGUGGGAUUCUCUGGAGCUGAUCUCACAGAGAUCUGUCAGCGCGCAUGCAAACUUGCAAUUCGUGAAUCAAUCGAAAAAGAAAUUCGCAUCGAGAAGGACAGACAAGAACGCAGACAACGUGGAGAAGAGCUCAUGGAUGAUGAAGCUUACGAUCCAGUCCCCGAAAUUACUCGCGCACACUUCGAAGAGGCCAUGAAAUUCGCCAGGCGAUCCGUUUCGGACAACGACAUCCGAAAGUACGAGAUGUUCGCACAAACCUUACAGCAACAGCGAGGUUUCGGCAAUAAUUUCAAGUUCCCUGGCGAGCAGCCGUCGGCUCCUAACCAGCCAUCAGGUGUCCCAGUUGGAGGAAAUGACGAUGAUGACCUCUAUAGAAUUGCUGAGGCAAUAAGUGAACGCAAUUUCAUCUUACAAAAUGACGCUGGGUUACGAGGCCAGAGCGCGUCAACGAAGAUGGCUAACAUCAAAGCAAUAGGGUUUGAG